CUCAGGCCAAAGUUCUCCCUACCAGCUCAGAAGCCCCAGAGGCCUCCCAGCCUCCUGCCGCUGCCACUCUUCCGGUCACUUACAAUCUUUCCAACACCCGCCUGGCAUUCUUCCUGAGGGAGACGCGGCCAGGGCCAGGAGGAAGCAACACCCUCGGUUUGACGCGCUUGGAGCCUUUCGUUGUGUUCCAAACCAAGGAGCUUCCUGUGCUCAACGUCUCCUUGGGGCCAUUCAGCUCAGGCCUGGUGCUUCCCAAGGAGUUGCUGCAGCCCUCAAGCACCCUGGAGAUACCCGAACGCCUGACGGUGAACUGGAAAGUACGGGCCUUCAUCGUCUGCACGCGGGUGCCAGCUAGCCAGCCCACAGCCCAGGUGCUAUUCUAUGUGGCUGGGCGUGACUGGGACGAUUUUGACGUGACCGAGCGGCUGCCCUGUGUGCGACUCCACGCCUUCCGGGAGGCCCGCGAGGUCCGGGCCUCUUGCCGCCUUCGGGGCAGCUUGGCCACCUGCCUAGCCCAAGCUGAGCUGCCUCAGGCCUGGUUUGGACCUGCUGCUGUCCCCUUGGGGCGCAGGAAAGUGGUGGAGGACAUUGAGCCAGCUGGAGACGUACAGCAAGUAGAACUCUAUUACACGCUCCACGCUCCUGAUGCAAUGGGGGAAUGUGGGAGCGAACCGAUGGGGCGGAGAGGUGGGGCCGGGGCGCGGAUUGAAGGCCCCACCCAGCACCCUCUCCUGCGCAUUGGUAGCCUGAGGCUGGUUCAGCCGCCGCCCGCCCAGCCCUUGCAGGAGCAGCGUCUGGAUGACAGCAUCUUCAUCCGGCUGCCCGAGAGGCCUCUCAAACCAGGCGAGGUGCUCAGUGUCAUCCUUUACCUGAUGGGCAACUCAACAGUUGAGCACUUCAUGCUCAGGGUGAAGGCCAAGAAAGGGGUGAACCUGCUCACAACAAGAUCCAGACACCCUAAGUGGCUUGUGAAUUCAGAAUUUCAGACCGGCAGCAAGCACUCCACCUCAACUGUUGAAGUUGCAUGGAUCGGUGGUAUCUUGCCCAGGGACCAGGACUCGCCCUAUGAGAUCAUGCAGCUGGAUUUUGAAAUGGAGAACUUCACCAGCCAGUCAGUGACCCGGCGCAUCAUGUGGCAUAUAGACUAUCGGGGUCGCAACCCACCACCUGAUCUGGAGAAGGCGGUGACUGAGCUGACAGUAAUUCAGAGGGACAUCCGUGCCAUCCUUGCCCUGGCCAUGGACACAGAAAUCAUCAAUACAGCCAUCCUCACAGGACGGACGGUUGCCAUCCCCGUGAAGGUCAUCGCCAUAGAGAUGACAGGAAUUAUCUUGGAUAUUUCGGCAAUGGUCAAAUGCAAGUCCAGCAAUGAGGACAUCAUCAAGGUGUCCAGCAGCUGUGACUAUGUCUUUGUGAGCGGCAAGGAGUCCAGGGGCUCCAUGAAUGCAGGUGUGUUCUUCAGCUAUGAGCACCUCAGCGCCCUCUUGGAGAUGACUGUUUGGGUCCCCAAACUCCCUCUUCAUAUUGAGCUGUCUGACUCACGCCUCAGCCAAGUGAAAGGAUGGCGAGUUCCCAUCUUACCAGAUCGGAGGUCCAUACGGGAGAGUGACGAUGAGGAUGAGGAAGAAGAACGGAGACAAAGCAGGGGCUGCACACUUCAGUACCAACAUUCCACCCUGCAGGUGUUCACACAGUUCCACACCACCUCCUCUGAGGGCACAGAUCAGGUGGUCACCAUGUUGGGCCCUGAGUGGAUGGUGGAGGUCACAGACCUAGUCAGUGACUUUAUGAAGGUCGACAACCCACGCGUGGCACACAUGGUCAAUAGCAAUACACUAGCUGGCAGGGAGCCUGGCACUACCUUGUUCAAGGUAGUUUCUCCACUUGUGGAAGCUGUCCUUGGGGAGACACCAGUGACCGUGGUUGAUGAGAAGGUUACCAUUAUGGAACUGAAGGCUCAGGUGGUCUCAAACCUCUCCCUUUCCCUUCAUGCCAGCCCUGGAAAUAGCCACACCAUUGUGGCCAAGACAACAGCCCAGCAGACUCUCAAUUUCUCCAAGCAGGAAGCUCUGCUCAGUCUCUGGGUGUCGUACAGUGAUGGCACAAUUGCUCCCCUCUCUUUGUAUGACCCAAAGGAUUACACACUAGUGGUGACAAGCCAGGACAAGUCAGUGGUGUCAGUGAUGCCCGAACGGACCUUCCCAGUAGUGAGGGCUGAAGGAGAAGGGUCUGGUGAACUGAUCAAAGCUGAUCUGCUGAUCUGCGAGAGCUGCCAGAAGACCAAGCGCAAGAGUGUGCUGGCCACCACACUGGCCAGCGUUCGUGUGCAUUUCAGCUCUGAGGAGGAGCCCACCUAUGACUAUGAGCCUGUCCAAACUCCUAGCAGGCCUGGACGGGAGAAGGGAAUGCCGCGCACCACACCACGGGUGGAAGUGGAGUGGCCUCUGGUGCCCAGUCAGGAGAGUUGGGUACCAAGCGUAAUCCUUCCAACUGAGGAUUUCCCAACCAUUCCCACUGGCUAUGUGCAAGUCACUCGAGGACUCACAGACCUGGAAAUAGGCAUGUAUGCCCUGCUGGGUGUCUUCUGUUUAGCCAUUCUGGUUUUCCUUAUUAAUUGUAUUGUCUUUGUACUCAAGUACCGGCACAAACGGAUCCCUCCAGAAGGACAAACCAACAUGGACCACUCCCACCACUGGGUCUUCUUGGGAAAUGGACAACCAUUGCGGGCCCAGAAUGAUCUUUCCCCUCAGCCUGAGAGCCCAGGCAACCCACUGGAGAACGUGCAGACCUGCUGCCAUGGCGACCACCACAGCAGUGGCUCCUCGCAAACCAGUGUGCAGAGUCAGGUGCAUGGGCGGGGGGAUGGCUCUUCUGGGGGCUCCACCAGGGACCAGAGCGAGGACCCGCUCAAUUCCCCCACUUCUAAGCGUAAGCGGGUCAAGUUUACUACGUUUGCCACCAUGCCCUCUGAGGAACUGGCCUAUAAUUCUAUCCCUAUAGCAGAUGAAGAGGACUUGGAGUGGGUCUGUCAAGACAUAGGCUUGCAGGAGCCUGAAGAGCUGCACAACUACAUCCAUAGGAUCAAGGAGAUUGCAUAAUGGGCCGGACCCAACACUUACAAGCCAAGGAGAGAGAUGUACGGGGUGCUCUCCCUGGGCUUGAAAUGGCUAGAUCGCACUGCCCUCCUAUGCGUGUUGGGCUCUCCUCUAGCUCUUCCUCUCAGUGGACAAGCCCACCUGCACGACCAGGAAUGGUUCAGAGGAAAACUGGACAUCUUGUAGAAUGGGAUGAAUCUUUUUUUUUUCUUUUGGAGGGAGAGCUCUCACUGAAAGGCUGCUUGUGGUGCAUCUAUGGGUCACUCUGUAUGGUUGAAGGAGACUUGACUGGAGCAGGCUGGUGCUUCUGGUGCCCACAGGCAAGCAUUAAAAUGGGGUCGGGACUGACUGGCACCGUCAAGCAGGCCAAGAGAAUGGAGCGUCUGAGCCAUUGUUUGGAAUUAGCCAGAGUGUGCAAUAGGUCUUUGCACCUGAUUGGUUGCUUGGGGGAAUGUUACUCCUUGCCUUGCCAACACCCACUGCUGCCUUUGCCGCCCGUCUCUCAAAGGCGAUGCAAUCCUUUGGUCUCUCGGCUUUUUUUUUUCUUGCACAAUAAAUGUUGACUCUUUAAAAUAAAUAACAUUCAGGGAUUCUGCUCGGCCCAGGGGGAGCCAAAUGGAACAGUGUUCUGGGGCGUGGGGAGGAGAAAUCUCAGAUCAGAUUGCCAUCAGCUGAUUGCAGACCGCACAAGGCAGUUGGCACUCACCGUUGCUAGCUGGGGAGGGGAUCUGAGAAACAGGACUGCCCCCCUACUACUCUAAAUAGCCCAGAGUCACCCAUUGGGGGAGAUGGGCAGCAUACAAAUUUGAAAAAUAAAUAAAUAAAUACCACCUCCCCCUUCUAACGCCUGCACUGCUUCCUCCCUAGUUCCAGUCUCAGUGUUUCCAAGAUUGUGUAUCAGGUUAGUAAGCCCACCCUGUUAGUCCAAGCAGAAGAGAGUCAGGAGCAGUGGAAAUUAAUCCUCCUGGAAGAAGCCAUCUAGUUUCCAAAGAGGGAUCAAGUUCCCAACCUGCUUGGGUUUUACAUGUGGAAUGUCUGGGCUUGAAGACCCUCCUGGUUGGCCUCUCCAUUAAUUGACAGCCAUGCUAGGAGCAGUUUUCCCUUCUCUUUGAGGCAAUACACUUUUCCUAUAGAAGGAGGAAGGGGGAGGUGUAGCUACUAGUCUUUCACUGUGAGCACUCCCCUAUUCCCUCUCUCACUGGCUGAGCUUCUGUGAUGUCAAGGAACAUCACAGCUCCUCCCAAGUGUGCAACAAGGCAUAGAUUGUAUGAAGAGUCAUGAUAUAAAUGAGGGAAGAGCAAGCAAGAUGGGGUCAGGCAUGAUGAUGGCACCCUGAUCAGGAGCAACUAUAUACUGAGGGCUGGACUUUACAUUUUGAUUAAAAAAGACAGAUCAGUCCAAUCUGGCUGCAGGAUUCAUACUUUUCCAGAGGUCUUUCCCUGGCUUCUCCACUUAUUCUUCACUUUGGGAGGGAGAGUUGGUACUUGCAAAUGAAAAUACUGGAUUUGAUCCUCAGGAGGAUCAUGAUAUCCUUGACAAUCAAUCAAGGUGGUGGUGGGCCUUUCAACAAAGUUGAAGAACCACUGACAUUGCUGUUCCUCAAGAGUCCUGGGAAACUUUCAGAUAUUGGAAUGGUGGGGAGAAGAGGCACAUACAAGGGGACAGCAGAGGGUAAAAGAGCAAGUAAGUAUAAAAUGAUUCAUUUGGGGGCAAAAUACUUUAAUUUUUUAUAUACACAGAUGGAGCCUGAACUGUCUGUUACUAACCAGGAAAAUUAUCUUGUGGUCAUAGUGGGUAGCUCAGUGAAGAUGCUGAUGUAUAUGGCUCAUGUGGGAACCACAAGCUCCAACUAGGAAAAAUAAAGAAGGAAUUAAAAAUAAAAUUGUCAACAUUGUAGCACACUUAUAUAAAUCUAGGGUAUGUCCACACCUGGAAUACUGUAUAGUUCUGGUCGCCAUAUUUAAAAAUGAAGAUAAUUGAGCUGGAUCAUCCAGUGAUUAGAAGGAUCAUAGAACAAAGAAAGUAGUUUUUCACAUUACACUCGAUUAGCCCAUGACACUCUGUGAAUUAAAGCCACCAUGCUUUGUGG